CAAUUCAUAUAUUCAUUAAUUCGUCAUCCAGUCAUUCAUUCAGCAAAUAUUAUUUUGAGCGUCUAUUGUGUGCUGGACAUUGAGCUGAGUGCAAGGGACAAAGCAGUGAAUGGGACCGAAGUGGUCUCCGUUUCUCCGCCUCUCGGGCCAGUCCCCUAGUUCUAGGCCCACUCGGAACGGCUACUGUGGCGGGGGCAGAAAUGGAGUGCGGGAUGCUGAGAGCCUGGUCUCCGUCCCGUGAUCCUCAAGGCAAGUGCGGAGAAAAGCGUCACGCGCAUUCCGCGGGGACAGGACGUGGAGGGAACAGCGUCGGCAACAGCGGGAGGAAAAGGCCCCGGCUCUGCAGGGCGGCCCGGGUGCUUCCUCGCCUCCUGCCCAGCCGCGUUUCCCAUCCCCGGCAAUCGGGACCCUCACGGAUUGCCCAGGGGAGACGGCCGGGACGUGGAGGGUGGCGUGCGCGGCGCUAGCCAGCUGUGCUUCACUCUCUCGGUUCCCACUUCCUCGCGGCGCCUGGGCCCAGCCGGCUCUCGGCGCCGCCUUCCCGCGGCCUGGCCUUUCAUGUCCUUCCCUUUCUCCCUCGGCCCUCGUCCUCCUCUUGUCUUUCCUGGCCAUUCCUCUCAGCCGAACGCGCCUUCCCAGCACCUUCUUCCUGCGAGCUCCGCCAUCUGGACUGCGACCUAUUACCCAGCUCUUCCCGGCCUCCUCUCCGCGAGGCCGAGGCUCCCCAGGUCCCCAGGGCCAGCCUUUCGCAAUGCCAAGGGCUCCGCUUUCCCUCGAUCCGGGCCUCGCCCGGCGAGAUGGGAGGAGAAAGGGGACUCCGGGGUCUUGCCCUCAGCCCGACCCCAGGCCGCAGCCAGAGCCUGAAGUCCGUUGCCUCCUCCAUCCCGAAGCCCCGGGACCGGGAGACCCAGCGCCAGAAGAGGCCACUAGCGAUGCCAAAGGGACAAUUCGGGAAAUUGUCCUGCCUAAGGGCCUGGACCUGGACCGGCCCAAGCGGACACGUACAUCCUUCACUGCUGAGCAGCUGUACCGCCUGGAGAUGGAGUUCCAGCGCUGCCAGUAUGUGGUGGGCCGCGAGCGCACUGAGCUGGCCCGCCAGCUGAACCUCUCCGAGACCCAGGUGAAGGUCUGGUUCCAGAACCGCCGCACCAAGCAGAAGAAAGACCAGAGCAGAGACCUGGAGAAGCGGGCGUCCUCCUCAGCCUCCGAGGCCUUUGCCACCUCCAACAUUCUGCGGCUGCUGGAGCAGGGCCGGCUGCUCUCUGUGCCCAGGGCCCCCAGCCUCCUGGCGCUGACCCCUAGCCUGCCAGGCCUACCUGCUAGCCACAGGGGCACCUCCUUAGGUGACCCCAGGAACUCCUCCCCACGCCUCAACCCGCUGUCCUCGGCCUCAGCGUCCCCCCCACUGCCGCCCCCUCUGCCAGCUGUCUGCUUUUCCUCGGCCCCGCUCCUGGACCUGCCUGCCGGCUACGAACUCGGUUCCUCAGCCUUCGAGCCAUACAACUGGCUAGAACGGAAAGUGGGCAGCGCCAGCAGCUGCAAGAAAGCUAACACUUAAGACUCCCACCCUGUGACACUGAGUCCCGAGCACAGCACCUUCCCAGUCUCCUGUGCCCCAGCGGACAGCACUGAGCAGGCCCCGGAGAGGAGGGGCAACAGCCACACGCUCCUUCCCACCUGCCCCCCAGCUCAGAGACUCACGGCCAAAUGGCCUUGGUCCCGCAGCUUGUGUGCGUGAGUGCAGUGUGCGUGUGUGUGUCUCUCACUGAAAUAAAAGGAAAACAAUGACAAGAAGGGAAA